UACUAUGGCAACAUUUAUAAACGCCAUUUUUGUAAAAAUCAAGUUCAACAAGAAUCAAAGAAUUUUUCCAUUCUCAUUUAUUUCAGUUUUCAGUUAAAUAUUUCUUCUUGUCUUGUGAUAUUGUGAUUUUCUGCUCUGCGGCUAUAUUCCGUUAUCGUUACUUAAAAAAAGAAGUACACAAUCACCGACAUCAAGGAACAAUGAGUGACUCGCCAGAUCAAAAUGAACCACCAAAAGAUCCAAAAGAAUUGGAAAAGUUAGAAGAAGCAAAACUAAAGGCCAAAUUCCCAAAUGCAAUGUUGGGAAGGGGUCCAGGAGGCCAUUCGGCAUUCCUUCAAAAGAGGCUUGCUAAAGGGCAAAAAUUCUUCGACUCUGGUGACUAUCAGAUGGCGAAGCAGCGGCCGGCGAACCUCGCGGCGCCGUUCAAAGCGCCCGCCGUCCCCGCCAAGAUUCCCACCGGAGACGCCAUCCCCACGCCCGACACAGUUCCCGUUAGAAAGACGUCUAUCAUACAGCCCAAGUUCCAGCCACCGAGCCAGACAUCCUAGCCCGUCGCGGUGUCGGUUGGCGUCCGCACGCGCCUCUCAUAAUUACAUAUUAUCAUUUCGCUUACGCGUCGCAUUACGACAUGCUUUUCAUUCUAUCAAUCGAGCAUAAAAACCCCUAUUUACAAUGAUCAUUCAUUUAUAUAUAUUUCAAGUAAUAUCAGCUAUGUUUUUAUUGAUGAGUUCCAUUAAUCAAAGUUUUUAGAAUAGAAUUAAAACCACGUGACUUAUAAUUCGCCCAAUGGCGUCGUACCACAGAUACAAAAUGAUAACUUUUAUUGGCGGAAUAACGAGUCACGUGAUGUUUUUUUAUUCAUCCACUUUUAAAUAGCUACAAGUUUUGUGCAUUGACACCUCAUCCUUAAAGUGACUUGUAUGUUUUUUUGUUAUCUAGACAUGUUUUCAUUAAAACUAUUAAGGCAACUUUGCAGUGCAGUCAUAACUUCAAGCAACAAGGUAGGUUUUUAUACUCAUUAUCGUAUCAAUGUCUGCACUCUAUUGUAGUAUUUGUGUUAGUUUAGUUUUCAUCACGUAUCUCCUUUAGAGCACAGAAUGUUUUUGACCAUGUGAUUCACAAUUAUUUCGAUGGUACAUAUAAAUGUUCUAUGUUGAAAUUUUAACGAAACUUUUAUAAAAACAACUGUUAUAUUAAUGUAUAAAUUUAGAUAUAGUGAAGUGGGUGGGGAUGUGUGUAUUUCUGUUGUGCAAGUUACAUUCGUUUGCCUAAACUGUUGUUGUCAAUAUGGAUAGAAGUAAUAGAGACGUGCUUACUUUGGAAAAUUAUUUAUGCGUAUUUUUCAUUUUAAUAAAAGAUUUUAUAUCAAACUAACACAUCUUGUUACUUCUCUUAAAUUUAAUUUUCUCCUUGUUGACGCCCAAGUUAUAAUACCUGCAUUCAAUAUUUCAUUGAUAUUUUUAAUAAAAUGAAAAACAUUAAUAAAUUCCUCAUAGCAUAUCCAUUUCAUGUAACUUCGCUGUACAUACUCGUAAAAUGUGUGUCCUUAUAGAAUCAUUCGAAAAUUAUGAAUUCAUUGAAUGUCAUUGUAGUACAUUAGGAUCAUAUAAACUUGUAUUGCAUUAUGAUGAUAUCUCAAGGUUAAUUUGAACUCAUCCAGUUUUUGUAUGCGAUCUGUGAUGUGCAUUCUAGCAUUGACCAUUAAUAUAAAUUGAUUGCUUGUUUGUAAUAUCUUUAUUGCACAGAAAUUUACACAGUUCAAGAAAUAGUAAAUAUUUAUAAAAGAAAUAAAUCACUUACUUAUUUUAACAUUAUCCAAAAUUUCGUUUUUGGCCACACAAAGCUAUGUUAACAAUGAGUAAUUUUUUUUAAAUCCAGCACAAUAACUGGAUAAGUCUACAUUAACUUUUAUAAUUGAUUGUAAAGGCAGUAUCACAAGGUCUCUGUACAUAAUUGCCAUAAAUAAUAAUUGAUAAUGUGUUUAAAGUAAGGCGAUAAAUUGUUAGUUCUCUAGUACAGCUGUGGGAUGUAUUUAGAUAGAUAUUGACGUCAUUGAAGAAUUGACUUUAUUUUUGUAAUGAACGUAAUAUGUCGUUUUAUUAGUAUAUGUUAAUUGUUAAGAGCACUAUUAUUUUGGGUCAAUAUAAAGAACAGCAUUACGCCAGUCAUAAAACUUUCGCUAAUAUUGUCACAGAAUUCAACGAAACACCGAUUUAUUACUACGCCUAUUGGAUGGGCCAGUACCCAGUGAACGUGCUAGGCGAGGCAAGGUGUCCUAAAUCGGCCCAAACUUGAGAAAAAAUUUUGUAAGCAGACAAGUCAUUGUUGAACCUUAUUCCAUUGUAAUUUAUAUCAUUUUUCUUUAUUAUUGUCUUGUGUUAAAUAUAGCAAUGAUAGGUAAAUCCCAAGUUGCACAGAGGCGUAAAAUUGUUUCAUGUGAUCGCACAGGUGUGAUAUAUGUACCGGAGUAAGGGAAUGUCGGAGUUAGGGUGUAUAAUUAAAAUAAAUUCUUGGUAUAA